CAUUGUUGGUGUCUCAGUGUUAGUGUUAGGAGCGAUACCGGAACGUUGAAUUAGUAAUGAUGCUUAAGAAAUCUAGUAGUGUCCCUUUAUUUUUCUGUCGCUUCUUCACCAGAUACGAACUUAUUAGCAAUGUCUCAUUAGCUUGUGGCACACGUUUUGUUUAUUUUUGUUGUGGUUGUUGCCGAAAUGAUUGUACAAGUUCAGUGUAUUCCUUUUAUAAAACAAAGAAAAAAAUGUGUGCUGGAGUAUUUCCGUCAGUAGGAGGAAGGAAAUGAAGAAGAACCAGAUGCAGAAGAAGAUGAAGAAGAAGGAGGAGGAGGAGGAAGAAAAAGAAGAUGAAGACGAAGCCGAGGCAACACCGGAUAUUGGAGCCGAAAGGUGGUGUCAUGGGAGGGCGUGUGCAUGUGUGUGCACGUGUAUCAGAUAUCCAGCAGGGCGAUGUUUACGAAGCGAGGGGGGAAACAAUAAGGGAUAAUAAAUACGGAAAUAAGGAAGGGACAAGAGAGCGAGAGGGGUGUGCGAAGUGGGUAACGGACAUUUACAAAGGAGAAGAAAAGGGGUAUCGUAAAGAGGCUUAGUGUAAGAGCAAAUUAAUCGAUAGUAAUUGCUUGCUUGGAGCGAGGAUUUGUGCCACGUGGUCAUCGGUGAGUUAGGAGUAUAAUUGGCUGGAAAGAUGUCGCGACGAAAAGGUUUGAGUCACGAGGAGAAACGGAAUAAAAUGAUGGAGCUGUUUUAUGAGAAGCAAGAUUUUUUCCAACUCAAGGAACUAGAGAAACUGGGCCCAAAGGAGAAAGGUGUCAUUUCUCAAGCGGUCAAGGAUGUGGUUCAGUCACUUGUUGACGAUGGCAUGGUCGACACGGAAAAGAUUGGCACGUCUGUUUAUUUCUGGGCGUUUCCAAGCAAAGCCACUAGCAUCCGUAAGAGAAAGAUAGACGAUUUAUCGUCACGAGAACAAGAGUUGAACAAAAGGCUGAAGACAUCACAGGCAAAGGUGGAGCAAGCAAAGAUUGGAAGAGAGGAAGGUGAAGGCAGAGAAGAGUUGAUGGAAAAACUUGCAGAACUGGAGAGCACCAGAGAUGAGCUUCUUAAUAGUCUGCAAAAGUAUCGUGAUUGUGAUCCGGAUGUGCUUAAUCAAGUAAAGGAGGAAACACAGAUUGCCCAAUUAGCUGUCAACCGCUGGACAGAUAACAUUUUUGCCAUAAAGAGCUGGUGCAAGACAAAGUUCUUCAUUGAGGAAGGAACCCUUAAUAAGCAGUUUGGUAUUCCAGAGGAACUUGACUAUAUUUAGGCUUUUUUCAGUAGGUUAGAGAAGAGAAAUACCUCUUCAUACUCUAAGACUUUGUAAAGGUGUUGUUUAGUUGUUGUUUUUUUUUCUUGUGAGGAAAGAUACUGGAGUGUAUGACUGGUAGCUUGCCAGUUUGUUACAUGUUUUUUUGAAAGAGAAAUGUUAUUUGUUUUCAUAGAUAUCUUACUUUUGUAUUUCUUUAAUAGCUGUGUGUUUAUAUAUAACAUAUAAAUAUC